AUGGCCACUCUGGACCGUGUUAUCGAAGCAGCUGAGAGGGAUGCAGCAGCAACCCCGCCGGGCCACUCAGAUCGAGCCGUACGCUUAAACGACCUUGGAAUUUACCUUAUCGAAAGGUUUACUCUCAGUAGCUCGAAGGAAGAUCUUGAUCGGGCUAUCGAGGUUACUGAUAUGACGAUUAAUACUCUACCUCAACAGCAUCCGGAUCGAGCGCGCUACCUGGACAAUCUUGCGACAAGGCUUGGUCUCCGGUUUGGGUUAACUGGCUCGAUUGAUGACCUUAAUCGUGCCAUUGAUCUUGCCGAUACAGCAGUGGAGGCUACGCCACCCGGCCACAUUCAUCGAGGCCGUUUCUUAGCCAACCUCUCGAUUUGGCUUUGUAGAAGAUUUGAGGGGAUUAGUGUGAUGGAUGAUCUUAAUCGCGCUAUUAGGGCUGCCGAUCUGGCCGUGGAGGCCGUGUCGGAAGACUCCCCUAGUCGAGCUAAUUAUUUAAGCAUUCUUGGAAAUUGUCUGGGCAGGCGAUACGAGCAAACCUCUUCUCAAGACGACCUCGACCAUGCGAUAUCGGUUGCCGAGUUAUCGUUGAAGGACACACGUCAAGAUGGCAUACAUCGAGUCGUCUAUCUCCACACCCUCGGGAUGUGGCUUGGCCGGCGAGCUGAUCGAACUGGCUCCAAAGUCGAUCUCGAUCGUGCAAUCGAGGCUACGGAUAUGGCAGUCGAGGCUAUACCGCUAGGCCACCCUGGCCGAGUCAUGUGUCUCAUCAACCUCGGGAUGUUGCUCGGUAGGCGAUUUGACAUGGUUGGGUCGAUGAACGACCUCAACCGCGCCGUCCAAGUUACCGAUGCUGGGCUCAAGCUCUUAUUGCCGAAUAGCCCCUUUCAAACCGCCUGUUUAAACAACCUUGCCAUGUGGCUUCUCAGGCGAUUUGAUCGGGCCGGCCUGAUGGAGGACCUUGACCGUGCUAUAAAGGUUGCUGAAUUGGCGGUUGAAGUCACUGCUUGCGAUCACCCCGAGCGAAUCGUCUGCUUGAAUUCGCUGGGAUCUUGUCUUGGCGCGCGAUUCGAUCGGACUGGCUCGAUGGACGAUCUCAAUCGCGCUGUUGAAGUUGCCCGUAUGGCAAUAAAGGCCACCCCUCACGACCACUCUCUUCAAGCAAGUCAUUGGGAUGCGCUUGGGGUAUGGCUCGAUAGGCGAUUUGACCGGACUAGUUCGAUGGAUGAUCUCAAUCACGCUAUUGAGGUAGCUGAGUUGGCAAUAGAGGCAACUCCUCUAGACCACAUGGAUCGAGCCAGCUAUUUAAACAAUCUCGGGUGCUAUCUCGACAAGCGGUUCCAGCGGGUUGGUUCGACGGACGAUCUCACGCGUUCUCUUUCGUCUUUCAUGGAAGGCUGGAAUUGCCCAGGUACUCCGACGUCUAAUCGUAUUCGUCUGGCUCUCGGCGCCGCUGGCACAUACGCCUCGCAUUCAAAUUGGGAAGAGUCAAGCCAGCUGCUCGAAAAAGCCGUGGAACUGCUUCCCGCCUUCGUGGGCCUCGCUUCCACGGCGGCCGCUGUCGCUUUAAACGCUGGCAAGGAUGCCUACGACGCCUUGAAGCUUCUCGAGCUCGGCCGCGGCAUCAUUGCUAAUCUGUUGAUGGACAUGCGCGGGGAUAUUUCCGAUCUCAAGCAGAUGCAUUGUGGUUUGGCAGAUGAAUUCAUAUCCCUCCGUGACGAGCUCGAUUCGACAGCGGGUACUCAAUCUCCUGCGGUUCCCAGCAAUAGUACGUCUUCCUUGGAAUCGCAAGCGAAACGACGUCGCGAAGCAGACCAGAAAUUCACUGAACUCAUCGCCAAGAUUCGUGCUCAGCCAGGAUUUGAGAGCUUUUUCCUGCCGCCAACUGCAGAUGAGCUAAUGGCCGCUGCGAACCAAGGCCCUAUUGUCGUUGUUAAUCUGAGUUCGUAUCGUUCCUCCUUCGACAUGGAAUCACUGUUGGAAUGGCUCUGGGAUGCUAUCUGUCGCCCAUGCCUAGACGCACUCGGCUUCAAGGAUCCACCUUCUGAUGAUAAUUGGCCUCGUGUGUGGUGGAUUCCCACGGGACAUCUCAGCCGGCUUCCUCUUCACGCAGCAGGAAGCUAUGCUGUGGCGUCUACUCAUACGGUCAUGGACAGAGUCAUGUCAACAUACGCUUCAUCUAUCAAGGCGUUAAUGCAUGGACGCCGAUAUGGCAUUCGAGGUCACACCAACCCUGAGCCGGACUCGGCUCUCCUGAUUGCUAUGCGCGAAACACCGAACUUGUCCACGAGUGGACUGCUUCCGUUCGCCGUCGAUGAGGUGAAUAUGCUAGCAGCACUCUGUCCCUCGCUCCGGCUCAAGCCGAUCAUGCCACCACCACGCAAGGAUGAGGUUCUUAAGCACUUACAGACGUGUAAAAUAUUCCACUUUGCAGGCCAUGGGCAGUCGGAUCCGGCAGACCCUUCGCAAAGUUGUUUGCUUCUCGAGGAUUGGAAGACGAACCCACUGACGGCGGGUGCCCUCCGGGAUCACAGACUGCAAGACAACCCUCCGUUUUUCGCCUAUCUCUCGGCUUGCUCGACGGGGGCCAACGAGGCGGACAGAUUUGCCGACGAGGGAGUUCAUCUUGCCCAUGCCUUCCAGCUCGCAGGCUUUCGGCAUGUUAUUGGGACGCUCUGGAAAGUAUCGGAUAAGCAUUGUGUUGAUGUGGCCAGAGUGCUCUACAGGACGAUGGAGGACGAAGGGAUGACGGACUUGGCCGUUUGCCGGGGCCUCCAUCGUGCCGUCAGGGCGCUGCGCGACGGUCGAAUUGAGACGGAAUGGCAAGAGAGAAAUGCUACCUUGCUGAGGCAAGCAAGCAGUUUGGAUGAAAUUAGGGAUGUUACUAUUUGUAACGAGGAUGCAAAGCUAUUUUACUGGGUUCCUUAUAUUCAUUUCGGUGUAUAG